UGAGACGGUCGUUUCCUGUCCUGGUGCAUGGUGGUCGGACGGAGGAAUUGUUGGAAAAUUUCUCAGCGAGGUAGACGAUGUUAUUAGCCCAGAUAAAUCGAGAUUCCCAGGGAAUGACGGAGUUCUCUGGAGGAGGGAUGGAAGCUCAGCAUGUAACACUCUGUUUAACAGAAGCUGUAGCCGUGCAAGAUGGAGACAACUUGGACAACAUGGAAGGAGUGAGCUUACAAGCAGUUACUCUUUCUGAUGGAUCCACUGCCUAUAUACAACACAAUUCAAAAGAUGGCAAAUUAAUGGAUGGCCAGGUGAUACAGCUGGAAGAUGGCUCAGCUGCCUAUGUCCAACAUGUUCCCAUGUCUAAAAGUAGAGACAGUCUUCAUUUAGAAGAUGGGCAGGCGGUUCAACUUGAAGAUGGAACAACAGCUUUCAUUCAUCACACUUCAAAAGACAGUUACGACCAGAGUGCCCUGCAAGCAGUACAACUAGAAGAUGGGACUACUGCUUACAUUCACCAUACAGUACAAGUGCCACAAUCAGAUACCAUAUUAGCUAUUCAGGCAGAUGGCACAGUGGCAGGUCUUCACACAGGAGAUGCUACUAUUGACCCAGAUACUAUAACUGCUCUGGAACAAUAUGCAGCCAAGGUGUCUAUUGAUGGAAGUGACAGUAGCGCUGGAAUGAUAGGUGACAGUGAACAAGAUAAAAAAAUGCAG